GUUGGUACAUGCUCUCAAGUUAAGCCUCAGCAGGAGGUUUAUAUAAACUUGGUUCUUGGUUUUAGCAGAUAGCUUUUAAAACCUAAACUCCUACUGCACUUGAGACUCCUUGUAAUCAGUGCUUCCUCAUCACCCUCAAAGAUUCCAAAUGCCUAAAAAGUCAUAACAUUCGGAGAACAGAUCAUUUGCUAAUCGCGGCUUUCUUGGGAGGGUAAGAGUUCCUGGCAGUGAUAUGAGUCAGAGAAAGGAGGUGAAGAUGAGCAACUCUGGCUGCCAAAAUUCUUAUUGCAUGUGAAGGCACUGAAACUACUCGAGCAACUAAAGAUACUUAAACUUCCACAAGUCUUGCGGACUGAGUUAAUUGGAGUCAAUCCUGUGCAUCAAUACACAAGCAGCAAGCUUUGCUGCUGCAGGAAGUUCUUAGGAAAAAACACUGGAAAAGGGCUCCCUUGAUUUUGCACCGAUGAAUCCAUUAGCUGCUCCUGACCACAAAGAUGACUUCAAAUUGAAGGACACAAAGCCUCAGCUUGGGGAACGUUGGCCUCAUGGAGGACCACGCGGUGGAGGUGGGUGGAUUAGCAGUGAAAGAGCAACAAGCACGUAUGAUCUUGUGGAGCAGAUGUUUUAUCUGUAUGUCCGAGUUGUGAAAGCCAAAGAUCUUCCCACAAACCCAGUAACUGGAAGCUGCGACCCCUACAUAGAAGUUAAGGUCGGGAAUUAUAAAGGAGAAACACGGCAUUUUGAGAAGAAGACCAACCCUGAAUGGAAACAGGUUUUUGCAUUCUCAAAGGAGAAAAUUCAGUCUUCGGUAGUUGAAGUACUACUAAGAGAUAGAGAGAAAGUGAAAAGAGAUGAUCACGUAGGAAAGGUGGUCUUUGACGUGCAUGAAGUGCCUACAAGGGUUCCACCAGACAGCCCCUUAGCCCCUCAAUGGUAUAGAUUAGAGGCUCUCCAUGGAGAUAACAAGGUGAAAGGAGAGGUGAUGCUUGCAGUUUGGAUGGGUACACAGGCUGAUGAAGCAUUUCCGGAGGCCUGGCACUCAGAUGCUGCUUCAGUUCAUAGGGAGGGUGUUCUCAAUAUCCGAUCAAAGGUUUAUGUUUCACCGAAACUUUGGUAUCUUAGGGUAAAUGUGAUUGAAGCUCAGGAUGUAGAACCGCUUGACCGAAGUCAGUUACCACAAGUUUUUGUGAAAGCUCAAGUUGGAAACCAGAUACUCAAAACUAAGCUAUGCCCAACCCGAACAACAAACCCUAUGUGGAAUGAAGAUCUGAUAUUUGUAGCAGCAGAGCCUUUUGAGGAGCAGUUGACACUUACUGUCGAAAAUAAAGCAAGUCCUGCAAAAGAUGAAGUUGUGGGGAGAGUAGAUUUGCCACUCCAAAUCUUUGAGAGGCGCCUGGAUUACCGGCCAGUUCACUCCAAGUGGUUCAACCUUGAAAGAUUUGGGUUCGGUGCUCUGGAGGGAGACAAGGGGCACGAACUCAAAUUUUCAGUUAGGCUUCAUCUCAGAGUUUGCCUUGAGGGUGCUUACCAUGUACUAGACGAAUCAACAAUGUAUAUAAGCGACCAACGACCAACAGCGCGGCAGCUCUGGAGGCAGCCUGUAGGAAUCCUGGAAGUCGGUAUCCUAAGUGCGCAAGGGCUUCUUCCAAUGAAAACGAAGGAAGGGAGAGGAACUACUGAUGCCUAUUGUGUAGCCAAGUAUGGGCUGAAGUGGGUACGGACCAGAACGAUCAUCGAAAACUUCAAUCCAAAGUGGAAUGAGCAGUAUACAUGGGAGGUGUAUGACCCUUCCACGGUGAUUACCUUGGGAGUUUUUGACAAUUGCCACUUGGGUGGGGGUGAAAAACCGUCGACUGGUGGUGGAGCUCGAAUUGACUCGAGAAUUGGAAAGGUAAGAAUUCGACUAUCUACCUUGGAAACAGAUCGAAUAUACACGAACUCCUAUCCACUUCUAGUCCUACAACCAUCUGGACUGAAAAAGAUGGGAGAACUCCAACUAGCAGUUCGAUUCACCUGUCUAUCACUAGCAAAUAUGAUUUACCUAUACGGGCACCCCUUGUUGCCGAAAAUGCAUUAUUUGCAUCCUUUUACUGUAAAUCAGCUAGACAGUUUGAGGUAUCAGGCCAUGAAUAUUGUAGCAGUUAGGCUUGGCAGAGCUGAGCCACCACUAAGGAAAGAGAUUGUGGAGUAUAUGCUGGAUGUGGAUUCUCACAUGUGGAGCAUGAGAAGAAGCAAAGCUAACUUCUUCCGUAUUGUGUCGCUUUUUUCUGGUGUGAUCUCAAUAAGCAAGUGGCUUGGUGAAGUGUGUAAAUGGAAGAACCCACUCACAACAGUCUUAGUUCAUGUUUUAUUUUUCAUAUUGGUCUGCUACCCGGAACUAAUUCUGCCUACUAUUUUUCUUUAUAUGUUCCUGAUCGGAAUAGGGAAUUACCGUCUCCGCCCAAGGCACCCCCCUCACAUGGAUACCAAACUUUCAUGGGCAGAAGCAGUUCAGCCAGAUGAACUGGAUGAAGAGUUUGACACUUUUCCCACAUCAAAGCAACAAGAUGUGGCGCGAAUGAGGUAUGACAGACUUAGGAGUGUUGCGGGAAGGAUCCAGACCGUGAUGGGAGACAUGGCCACACAAGGGGAACGUUUUCAGGCUCUGCUCAGCUGGAGAGACCCAAGAGCAACCAGCCUAUUCGUAAUUUUCUGCCUUAUUGCAGCUGUGGUGCUCUAUAUAACACCUUUUAAAAUAAUUACCUUGGUUACAGGCUUAUUCUGGCUGCGACAUCCUAGAUUUCGCAGCAAGCAACCAUCAGUUCCCAGCAAUUUCUUCAGGAGGUUGCCAUCUCGUGCUGAUAGCAUGCUCUGAACAAAAGGAAAAGACUCUGUAUCUUGUUCUGCUUUCAGUUUUUUGUUGUGUUGGUUGGAAAUGUUUCUUAAUUAAAAAAAAAUCUUUGGAUUUCCUGGUG